UUUGUCGAAUGUUUUUUAUUUUUUAUUUUUUUUUUGUUUCUCAUAUAUACUUUGAAUUUUGUUAGUAAAUUUUGUGAAGAAUUUGGUUUUAUUGCAAUAACUAGAGAUGAGUUUUUAACCAAAACAUUUUCGAAACCAAAAAUAACAAUGUUGUCUUUAUUAAUCAUAAUAGUAAUUUAUGGGUUUCAUGUAAAUGCUCAACGAAACAUGCGAAACAUGUAUUUAGAUGAUCCUAAAGGUGUUAUAACAGGGAAUAAGCGAAUGAUUGACCAAGUUGCAGAAUUUACUGAUUUGGGUUACGAUUAUGAAAACGGAAAUAUAUGGCCAAAGCCACAGCAUGAAUCAAGGUCAGACAAACUUUACACCCUUGAUCCAAAAACCUUUAAGUUUGUAUUUAAAGAAAAAAAUUGGAUUAUAAAAAAAGCAAUAAAUCGCUAUAAAAAACUCACAUUUCCAAACGAACAUUUUCGAGUUGACAAAAAACUCAAACAAAUUAAUACUAUUGAUAUAUCUAUAGAAGAUCUAAACGAACCACUGACAUUAGAAAGCAACGAAUCGUACAUUCUAAAAAUAUCUUACCCUCGAUCUACUUUAGAAGCUAAAAGUAUAUGGGGGGCACUUAGAGGAUUGGAAACUUUUUCACAAGUUGUUCACAGAAAUGGCUCAUCGUAUGUAGCAAGUGAAACUGUUGUUCGAGACUUUCCUCGUUUUAAAUAUAGAGGAUUUUUAAUCGACACGUCUCGUCACUUUCUUCCUGUAUCACAAAUAUUUCAGAUUUUAGACGCGCUUGCUUACAGUAAAUUUAACGUUCUUCAUUGGCACAUCGUGGAUGAUCAAUCAUUUCCUUUUGUCAGCAAAAAAUUUCCCGAGCUGCAUAAAAAAGGGGCGUUUAAUGAAAAGACACAUGUUUAUAAUCCAAAACAAGUGCAAGAUAUUAUUCACUACGCAAAGUUGCUAGGAAUCAGAGUCGUACCUGAAUUCAACACACCAGGACACACACAUUCAUGGAACGGAAUUCCUGGUCUUUUGACAGAGUGCAGUUCAACAAAUCAAAGAGAGAAGGCUUUUGAAGAUAUGAAAGGUCCAAUUAAUCCAAUUAAAAAUGCAAGCUACGUGUUUUUAAAAGACUUUUUUGCAGAGAUUUCUGAAGUCUUUCCUGAUGAAUUUAUUCAUAUUGGUGGAGAUGAAGUUGAUUUUAAAUGCUGGCUAAGUAACUCAGAAAUUAAAAAGUGGCUGGCUAAUAGAGGCAAUGGAACUAAUAAUUCUGGGGAACGUAACGAAGCAACUCUACAUAAAUAUUAUUUUAAUAAACUAAUUAAAAUUAUUGAUCGUUUAAAAAAAAAGUAUAUUGUCUGGCAAGAUGUAUUCGAAAGUGGUGCAGUUAUUGAAAAAGAUGCAAUUGUUAAUGUUUGGAAACAUAAAUGGAAAAAAGAAAUGAGCCGUGUUACUAAAGCUGGGCACAAAGUUGUAUUAUCUUCAUGUUGGUAUCUUAACUACGUUAGUUAUGGAUUAGAUUGGCCUAAAUUUUACACGUGUGACCCUCAAGGGUUUAAUGGUACAAAAAAAGAAAAAGACCUUGUUAUUGGAGGGUCAUGUGCUAUAUGGGGUGAAUACGUAGAUGCAACAAACAUUAUUCAAAGAUCUUUUGGGAGAGCUUUUGCUGUUGCAGAGAGAUUAUGGAGCUCAGAAGAUACAGUCAGUAUAUCAGAAGCGUUAAUACGAAUCUGGGAGCACCGUUGUAGAUAUAUUGAUAGAGGUAUCCCUACUGAACCAGUUACAAGAAGUAAAUUUUGCAGAAAUGAAUAUGAACGGUAGUAUGUGUUUUUUAAAAUAGAUAUAAAUGUUUGCAAACGUA